AUGCAUUGUAAAAACUGUGCAAAAAGAGUCAGAGAUGUAGUUCUCAACUUGAAUGGAGUUCGUCAAUGUGAUGUGAAUCUGGAUACUCAAAAGGUCAUAGUCAUUGGUGAUUUUAAUUUUGAAGAGGUUUUGGAUAUUGUUAGGAGAAAACUUCGUAAAAGGGCAGAAGUUUUGACAAUGACUAAGAAAUCUGAUGUAAUUUCAAAAGAAGAUGGUGAAUCAGAAAUAGUUCCAGCGAAGAAUGAAGAAUCUGAUAUAGUAAAGGAAACUGAUGAUAAACCUGAAGAGAGUAUAAGUGAAGUUGAGUACCAUAUAACAUGUAUGUCUGAGGAGCACGAGAUAUACUUCGGAAAAAUACUUUCUACAUUCAAAGGGAUUGAAAAAUGUGUGGUGGAUAUGGAAAAGAAAAGGAUUGUGGUCACCGGGGACUUUGAUCAAGAGAAACUAUUAAAAAAGCUUCAGAAAAGGAUGCGUAAGAUAAUGAAGAAAGAUGUAGAUAUUGAGAAAUAUCAUGACUGUUAA